CGACAGAACACAACAUCGUGCUUCUCGGUUUGUGGUGACCGGAGAAAAAAUUUGCGCAAGGAUCAUAGCUGAAGUAAGGUAAGGAUAGCGCACAGCAUUCGAAAUCUGUUGCAUCUACGAGAUCACAGCAACAGCUCGUGUAUUUUAACAAUUUCCACUUGAAGUUUCGCGCAGAGUCGAUUUAUACGCCAUUCGAUGGUGCAUUCUGCGUCGGUUUAUAGGUUUAUAGAUUUCUCUCUAUCAGAACGUUUUAAGAUUAAUUCCCACCUUCGCGGGUGUCCUUCGGGAAAUAAAAUUCAUCAUGCAUCAACAGCAAGGCCAACGCAAUGGAAGUCAGGAUGAAGCUAGAAGAAAGCUACCCUAAGUUAAUUGCUCGUAGAGGGUUCGAAACACUACGACGAGGUCCGAGCCCUUCUGAAUUAAGCGUUAUUCCUCCUCCAAAUUCAGGAUACACUGAAUUUGAAGGAGGAUUCAAAUUUACGAUACACUGUCUGCCGCUGCUGCUUGAGAAACAAGUCGACCUUUCGCGAGUCGUGUACGGCGGAAAUAAAUUUCGAAAAUUUUCCUCUACUCACCCGUUGGUUUCCCGUCCGUUCACUGCACCGGCUACUGCACCUUACCUUGGAGAAUCAUUAUCGGGACCCUGGGAUGUGUGCUCCCUGAUGAGACGGAUCGCCUCUUCUAAUAAAUUCACCGCUCUGUUACGAAGAGCCGCCAUGUUUCCAACCAGGACAGUGCGACAGAGCGGAAGUAUAUUAACAUAAUUAUAAUUCUGGCGGGAAAUAAAUUAUCUUGUCUGAAACUCGUUUCUGAGUGUCAUGCCGAACUGCACGUUACCUUGUCAAAACACCAUAACGAAACGCACGCUAUGAAAAUGACAAAUCACAACUGCAAAACUGCUUUUCCCAAUGUCGAAAUUGAAGAAUACUAGAAUGCAAUGGCAAAACAGCAAAGUAUAAUAGCCGAACGCCAAGGAACAGUGACAAAUCAGGACAUUGCAAAAGCAAAAUAGUCAACUGGGAUAGAAUGAUGUCAUAACACAAGAACCAAAUAGCAUAUUGCAGUGAAAAAAUACCAAAUACUAAUUUGGGCAGUAGUUGCACCCCAUAAUUAAGACGUCAUAUGGGAAUAACACAAUUAAAUAUCUCAAUGUCAUGACUGAAAUUGUGGAUAUCAUAAUUUAUUACACCCAUUUUGAAAUCACUGGUGGUCCCUGUAAUCUGAUUGGCUCUAAUUGGUGCGAUUUAUUCACGAAUCGCACCAUUUUUUGCUUAUCACGCGAUUCAUUUUUCCAGCCAAUGAGGAGGCUACACUGAAAACAAAACAACCAAUCAGAUUUCAAGGCUUGUUUAAAGUAACCAAUGUAAUAGCAGGAAAAUGAAAGACAAAGAGUAACAUGUAGCAAAUUUUGCAACCUUUGUUUCCAAAACUCUUGUUUUUUCUCCCUAAAAAAUGGAUGAAUUUAAUUUCAAACUAGCUCAGUACUGCAUCAAUAAAAUAUUUGAACUGACCAAGUCCUGUGCUUGGGCGAUUUCGAAAUGGAUGUAAUAAAGUGGUAAUUGAACCUUGUGUCGUGCAAUUUUGGCCUGAAAUCAUACUUGUGAUUUCAGCCCAAAUUUAGCUCCACUCAGUUCAAUUACCAUUAUUAAACAUUUAUUUUUGACGGUAAUUACACCCCACACAAAACAGCGAAUCGACAUACAGCUUUCAAAAUUUUUCGAUUCGAAGCGAUUGUUUUUUCUUUUUGUAUCAAAGCUGGUACUUGCAUAAAGAAAGGGAAACCUCGUUUUUAACAUCAUGUAUGGCAAAUUUUGGUUUGACAGCAACUUCUUUGUUCGAAAUCUGGACGCCAGCGUGAAGCUUCGCUAGUGUAAGUCGCUUUCAUACAGGAAUUUUUUCCUUUACUUGACAAAACGGUAUGUUGAAGGACGAAAUUUAAUAACUGUCCUAAAUGUAAUUAAGUCCUAAAUGUAAUAAGCCUCCAUUGCAAUCGUAUGACUCUACCAGUGCAAUGUUACAGCGGACAUCCACAUUGAGAUGUUAAAGUGACAGCUGUUGCAACAAAAAAUCUUCUGACCAGUAGUCAUGUAAGAUUGCGGGCUCGCAGAUAUCAAUCAGCGUCUUCUUAUGUGCAAGAUUUAAGUCAAGAAGCAUUGGCUGCAACCGUUUUUCUGAUGAACAAUUGGCAUCAAAUAACAGCUGGUAAAACAAUGAGUACGGUGACCAAUACCACUCCAUAUAUCACUGUAUCAGACUCUUAAGCACAAUAGAUUUUGGAAAAAUGUGAUAACGUAAUACUUUUGUGAUCAGUGAUGGAGCUAACAAGUCAUAAACCAAAUUACAAAAGGGGUAAGUUUCUAAAGAAACCGUGGUGCUGCGUCGGUGGGAGAGUAUAAGAGGUAAUUGUUAACAAAUGAGUUUAAAACGUAAAUUAUCCAAAUUAUUAGGAUGCACAUUUUGCCUCCCAAUUCGGACCUCGUGACAGCACUUAAUAGAGUUAUUACUCUCAAAAUCUUGAAUAUCUUCGUGAUUAUAUCAAUAUGGACAAAUAAUUUUUCCUUCCAAGGGAACAUAAUUGGGACAUUUAUGUUCUCUUGAUCUUGAUAUGCAUGUAUAAAUCCGAACUUGAAAUGCAUGCACAAAUCCGACCAACGAGUAAGGUAUUACAUGGGUCUGCAUCAAAUUAUACACUGAGUGACUUACAUUGAAUAGGCAUUAUUGCAAAGAAGCUGCUGACGAGCACAUCUUCACAAAUCGCCGCCUCAGAUUGCCAAUCACAAAACAGACGUUUAACAAAAGUCUGGAGCAUGUCAUCGACGACUGAACUCAAUGACGAGCACGGUAAUCGCAUGAUCUGUCUCUCAGCGGUUUAUCGAUUGAGUUGAGGAAAUAAUUUCCAGUCCAGUGUGGGCCAAUGAUUGGCUGGAAGUUCAAGUGGAUAGACUAGGUUGGCACGUAAUCAUUAGGAUUCUUUGAGAAAAAAAUUGACUACAAUUGAUGAUAAACUAGCCCGCUAUCGUUGAUAUUAUUGUUGGUGUUAAAGUCGUCCGUAGUGUUGCACAAUUUUAGAACAGGUUCAUUGAUUUCGCUAUGUCACUUGUUAAUCCAAAACAAAAGUAUUAAUAUCACAAGGGUCGCUUAAAAUUUUGCCCAUCAAUGUUAUUCAGUGUCACUUUAUUUUAAUGAAGUAUUUGAGUUCAUCUGUAAGAAUGAUUACCUUGAUUUAUUCAAUUUUGAACCUGGGAUUGCAUUUCUAGCCCUCUAUGGCUUCACUCCACCUUGGUAAUCAGUUCAUGUACCAUAUGAUUAUAAGUGGAAACUAUUGAGCUUUCUUUUUUAAUGUUUUUUUUUAAUCUAUUCAUUUUCUCCCCUCACGGCCGUUAGGAGAGAUGAAGACAAAAAAUGAAAUAAAACUCUAGAUCGACCGUGGAAUUUAUGUUCUCUCUUGACCAAGUUUAUUGGGUCAAGACGGCUAAGCUCGGUCUUUUUCUACGUUUUUAUGGACCUCGACUUUGUCUCGGUCCAUGAAAACGCAACAAAAGAACUCAGCCAAUAUCUAGCCAUCUUGACCUCACGCUCGGUCAAUAUCGCAUAUGAAUAUAUUUCGUGCAGACCCGUACAAAUCUGGCAAGGGAAGACAGUACAAAAAAUCAUUGCACUUCCGAACCCGGAAUUUGUCUAACGUAUAGGUCAGUGGACUUCCUUUCCUUGUAAUUUGGUUCAUAAAGUGUUAACUUCAGCACUGAUCACACAAAUAUAUCGUCAAAAUCUGUUGCACUAAAGAGUCUGAGCCUAUGAUAUAAAGAGAGGUAUCGGUCAUCGUUUUCAUUGUAUUGACGUCUGUCAAUUUGAUGCCAAAAGCACAUCAGUAUAAGGGUUUGUGGCCAGUGCUUCUUGACCUACGUCUCUGGCAAAUAAAAAGACACUGACUGAUACCAGCGAAUGAAUAUUGAUCAGAGGAUUCUUUGGUGCAACAGCUGUCACUUUAACAUCUCAAUGUUAAUGUCCGCUCUAACAGCAAUGCUCUAGCGCAGUUAAACGAUUGUAUUGGAGGCUUAUUUCAUUUAGGACCAAAUAUUAUUACAUUCAGGACUUAAUUACAUUUAGGACAGUUAUUACAUUUAGGCCUUCAUUAGGGGUACCCUUUCUUCCUUCUUUAAGCCUGUUUUUUUUCUUUUUUUUUCCCAAGGAGUCUCUUCCGCUUUUGAUUUUUCCAUAAGCAAAGACUUUCCACAAGCAAAGAGCUUCCCUAUGUGAAUUUUUUAAAGUGCGCGAUGUAAACAAGAUAUGGAAAUAACACGAACAUCGAGUCCAAACAUGAGCGGUUACCGCGAAAAUUCCCCCGGGGGACUCGCCCAUGUCCGAGAUUAUGACACCUUCCUGAUUUAUUAACAUUUAUUUAAAAAUACGUUUUUCUAAAUAACUCGGGUGCUUUUAAAGAUUUCAGAUAUUUUUUUAAUGGAAACAUAAGGUUUCAUGUUUGAAUUCAGUUUUUUAAAAUAAGAGAAAAAUCGCUUUUUUGCGGCCUCUGACGGUGGGAAGUAACCUUAGAUGUUAAAAGAUCCGUUUUGUUUCAAAACUGAGCUUAAGAGCUUUCGAAACUGUAUUAAAGAGCUUUCGCAACUGUAUACGACAACUUGAUGGCUUGCAAUUCAACGCAAACGUAUAACAAAUCACUAGUUAAAUCUGAGAAAGAGAAGGGGCUGCUGUUAGGGUGAAGCUGCUAUUAGGGUGUUUAUGGUAAAUAAAGUCCAACAGAAAACAUCUCUUAUCUCUCAAUUUUAAAUUUUCAGAAGAACAGAUAAACGAUGGCAGAUCCUGAGAACCCAGAUACUACAGCUAGAUCGCACGAGGCCCCGGCGUCUGGGGAUAUCGGGCUAACUAUGUCGUAUAUUAUCUCGAUUCCUGGAAUACUGAAGAUCGUUGAAUUUGUAAGUACUUCCGUCAAGUGUGUUGAGUCAUUUUUGUAGCGAAUGAAAGGCAGAAGAGGGUGGGAGGGGGACUAAUGAGGACUUAUAGGAAGACACUAAAUUUGAGGCUUAACCCUUUAUAACCCGUAUGUAAGUAUGCAUAUUCUCCAUACUGUUCUUUAUAUGUUUCCUAGGGUGCUGAAAAGGAGAAUUUGUCGAACAAUCAAGAGCUUCUUUAUAUGGUGAUCAUUUCCUUCACUCUCGUGACCUUCAUAUGUGAUUCAGGGGUGAUAUUGUAAGGAGAAAUUAGAUACUAGUCACUUUUAGGAGUCAAAGGGUUAAGCACAACUGUUGCAAAAUGCUGGUAUAUAAGAAGCGGAUAACGCUGACCAGCCAUGCAAUAAAUCACUAUCUGUUGGAUAAGAGUUAAUAAAAAGGACUGCGCUAGAUAGAGAUUUAACCAUUGGAUAGCGUUAUCCACCUGGGGCCAUGUAUUUACCAUUAUUCCCUAUACACCAUUAUAUAUAUGUACCUACUAAGUUUGUUGGGUACUAAGACUUUUAAACUUGAUGAAAUCCAUGCCUGCAUAUUUCAAUAAGCAAUAAGUUUUAUUUUUACUUAAAUCUCUACAGUUCACGCUGUUGUUGGCGUUUGCCCUAGCUGCUGAUGAGUACGCAACUUUAGCUCAGUAUUUCGUCGUAGAUUGGGGACGUAUGGAUUUCUUCCUCUUUGUUACUGUGACGUCGUGGCUUCUUGUGAUCGCCGUAUUUGUCUUGUUCGCAUUCAAUAUCAUAUCAAAAAUCAACCUCAGUAUUGACUGGAAUAUCCCGGUGAGUGGAAAAGCCACAAAUACAUAGCUCAGUAACGAGAUGUAACUAUUUGUUCCAACAAAAUCAAUAAGGGAAAAAAAAAAUUGAAAAGAUAAUUUGAAGAAAUGGGAACAAAAAAAAUCGUAGAAUCAAUACGACCACUACAUCCAGGAACCGACUGGCUUAUCUUACUUUUUUAAUACGAGUGGUCAAUAUCUCACUCGUUUGUUGUGCUCACUCGUGAAGUAUUGUUCUUGUCACUCGACACAAAAUUCAUUAAUUUUUUUCCUAGAGGGUACGGUAAGGAAUCCUGCAAUCUGAUUGGUUCUUAGCGCAGUCCGUAUUUUCCUAUUUCUCCGUGUUAUAUCUUCUAUAUAUGUCGCACGCAAAUAUCUAUUAAUUUUUUUGAAACAAAAGUCUAUCUUUAGCGCGCCUAACUGGCCUUCCCGUUUAGGCUCCCACGAAGUUUUCUGCACAUUCAGUGACUUAACUCCUCCGGUUUUCGAAACUGAUUUAGUCAUAGAAGCCGACGACGGAUUUCUCUUUGAGAGAACCUUAAAAUCUGGAUGAUCAGAUCUUGCACUUGAAUGCUAAUCCUGGACCUACAUCUUUGACUGAAUCUACCAACAUGCGGCGUAACGGAGUUUUGUAGAAUAAUUGUUUUAAUGAAUACUAACAAAGUCAAACGCAGUCAAGAAAAAACGACCUUAGCUUUAGCGACAACGUUUUUCUCCACUCCUCGUUGUUCGCAUAAAGUAUGAAUGAACCUUAGCCAUUGCCAAAAUUUUGGAUGAAAUAUAAAUUGCUCUUAAAGAAUAUCAAAAUAUAGGAGAACUCUUGUACUUGUAGUCAGUGUUUCAAAUUGGUUUUUGGUAUCUACAAACUGUUUGUCAAGUCGAUAAUCGUUGAGAUGCUGGCUGCAAGAAACAAAGCGGUCAAGCGACUGCGCAUGUUCAAACGUUUUUGAGGUUAGGUGGCGUGUUUCUGGGUGUCAAAAGUAGGUCGGUUGUGUUAGGAACAAAUAAAUAGAGGGGGUUUCUGACGAAACCGUGGUGCUGCGUCGGUGGGAGAGUAUAACGGAGUAAUCUAGUGUUAUCAACUGAGUUGAAAACGUAGAUUGGCUACCGUAAAGAGUUUAAAGGCUGAUUUUCGAGCGUUAGCCCUUCGUAAGAGCGAUGAAGAAGGGUUAACGCUCGAAACGUCAGCCUUUAAACUCUACAGUUUUACAUUUUAAACUCAGUUGAUAAGACUAACUUACCCUGUGUUCGAAAAAAGCUCACUAGCUAUUAGGUAACGUUGUUUGAAAACUACAUCACUUUUUUGGUAAAGCUCAAAACAAAAUUGUAACUCAGCAGGAAACGUGCAACCACAUAAACUUUGUAUACGAGAAGUCUCAAGUUUUCUUUUUCCUACUUUUGUUUUCUUUUGAAGAUUUUCUUAAACGUUUCGCAUAUGUUGCAGGACAGCGGUUGUUUCCUUUGUUCCACUUUGAAAAUUUGCGCGAGAAAUGAGCGCACAGCGCACGGCUGGUAAACAUUGAUUCCCUUGUGCAUGCUCGAUGUUUUACUGCUUAGCUACUGCAUGUAUUCCUAUCUCAUUAUUUGUACAGGAUAUCAUAAAAUAAUAGUAACGGUGAAUUAUCGAGCAACGAAACUUUAAGUCAAAGUUCAGUGCAAACAAAAACAAAUCAGAUGCCAUAACUUCGUGAUGUUUUCAUUUUAGGUUUUUGUAUUUGCUGUUGUAGCAGCAAUUCUUCUUCUGUUGAGUUCUGCCUUGCUAGCUGCUGAUGCAGCAGGUCUGUUAUCUGACAGAUUAAACGCUGCUGUGGUGAGUUUGAGUUUACUCUACAAUUAAUCUCGUACCCAGAUCCUACCGUGUGACUUAUUUUAUUCUUCACAUGAAAACACUUGGUGUUCUUUUAAGUUUUCAUCAAUCAUCAAAUUCCAUUUCAGUGUUGAAAAAAGCAAGCGACUGAAUGAAAUUUCGUGAGAUUUACAGAAGGAGGGCGCUUAUCUGGGAGCGGCCGCGGGUGGUAAAAAUUUCAAAAGCAUUUAGAAUUUAUUAGGAUAAUUUCUUUAUCAUGUUUACCGGGAUUUUGAAGAAAAGACCUGAUUUCACACCAGGUCUCACUAUUGAAAGAAAAAUGAAUAUCUUUUGACCAAUUUCUUGCGAAAAAAAAUACCACGGCAACUUACAUGUUUGCAUUGUCUUUCUUCGCAGGCUUUUGGAUUCAUCUCCAUGUUCGUCUUCAUCGCAGAUGCUGUUGUUUAUUUCCUGAGGAGAACUGGAAUAUUGUAAACCAACGCCCACAUUUUGAUGAACUGUGUAGUCCUGCGAGUUUGUUUAAACUUUUUUGACAGCCAUUUCGGUAACCGUUAAUUUGAAUUUAAUCUAUAACGAAUGAAACAAAUCUAGAAAUAGACAGGGAGAAUGCGUAUAUUUAACCCUUUAACUCCUAGAAGUGAUUAGGAUGUAACUUCUCCCUAUAAUAUCCAUAGAUUAUCCAGUAAACAGGUAAUGAGAAUACCCAAAGUUAUCAGAUAGUGUGAGUUGUUUUUGAUCUUAAGCCAAAUUCUCGCAAAGAAUUUACGAGGAAAUGUGGAGCAGCCAGAGGGAAGAAUUUACAAUCAGAUCUUGGGAAAGGGUAACGUUUGAGAGAACGGGUUAUAACGUAAACAGCUCGCUAUUGUGCACUUAGCCGCCAUGUUUGAUUUGGGCUUCGAGAGCCUGCUGUCUCUUCCACCCUCAGCGGCAUCAGAGCUACGACUGAGAAAUCUUAAGAAAUGCUGCCUUUGCUGCGAUGUUAGACCUCAAAUUAUACGCCUGCACUACAGGAAAAAAGUAUAUUUAGCUAUGGUCAUUCAAAUAAUUUCUUAGGGAGCGAUACAAUCUGAGCGUAUAUUCUACUUUUAAUCAAUCACGAACGAGUAUAUUCCAUAUGAUUAUGCUCUUAUUAUGAAACGGGCAUUGAACAACGGCAACACUGACUUUGGCAGCUUCCUACUAAUUUUUAUACCAUUCAUUAGCAUAGUAGUUUAGAAUUUAUUGAUAUCGUGCUUUAAGCUAUAAUUCACCUCAAUCAAACAAUCAACCCACCUAACAAAAUUAAGUUAAUGCAAGUAGUUGUAAUCAAACCCACGUGGAAAGCGCGUUAAUAAGGCCUUAAAACCUCCAGGGAACUUGACAUGUGCUGUAAUAGUUCCAUAAAUAUAUGCUUUAUUUUCUCUGGUAUAACUAAUGGCAGUUUUAUGCUAAAAUCUCUCUGACUCCUCGUAAUUAUGACUAAGGAGUGGAGCUCAUUGUGUCUUCAAUUAAACCUUGUGUGAACCACGACUUCUUAGUAUGUCCCAUAAGGCUCUGUAAUGUUCUUAUAAUCCACUUUCAUUGGCUGUCAAUAUUCUAUAGCUCAACCUUUUUACUCUGUUGGCAACAACUGAUGCCCAUUUCGUUCUCCCUGAAAACCAUGUGCUCCCCCCCACAAAAAAAAAAAAAAAAACUCUAGCCCCCCGCCCUCAGCUGAAUAAUAAUGACAGGUCCCUCAGGGCCUGUUGUAGGAUCAAUGGUGGUGAGUUUUUUUUUUCAAAGGUGAGGCUAUGUUUAUGAAUAUCCUAUUUUCAUGAGCUGAGAUUUUUUUCCUUCCAAAAGUAAUCUCCGCUAAGAAAAAUUGCCUGAUAACGAGGCAUUUCCGUUUUCCAAUCGGGCAAAACCGCUGUGCAAAUCUAAAAGUGCAUAUGUACAUGUUAUGAAUGAUACAAGUGUAUCCGCUGACAGGGUUAAUCAACACAAUCGCAGCGAACUGUCGAAGUAGAGGAGAUCUGUAAAUAACACCUGUAAAGAAUGAAACUGUUUGAUUGCAGCUUGGUAAAAGAAUAUAAACAUAAUCUCUUGAGCUUUGUCAAUAAGGAAAAAUGUUCCAUCAACUCUGUUUUGUUUGGACACUGAGCGGUUUGAACCUAGGAAAACCAGUUGGUCCAGUAGUCUUAGAUGGCCAGCCAUGUUUUGUUGAUUGGAAGUGUGCCAUGUAAGCUAACGACUUUGAAAGUCGUUGUGCGUUUCAGCCAUUGAAACAGAAAUAGGACAAACUACCGCAUUAAGGAAACACCUUGACUGAGGAAAACCAAGCCAUUCUGGAAAGCAACCAGGGAUUGAGUUAUUAAGAUAGAAUGGAUUUGACUUGAAACUUUCCAAAUCAAAAGUUUGACAGCUAUCAAUACACGUGCUUGUAAAUUUAUGCACAUUGCUCUCAGAGACUUGUGAAGUUUUGUAAGCCCAGAAAAAAAAUUUACCUCUGCUUCUUUUGCUCCAAAUUUCACUCAAACUCGUGCUAUCACGAUCCUGGUGCAUCAACAAACUAACAGUAAUCCAAUUACCACGACAACCCGACCUGGAAGAUCUAUUAGCCUUCACACUGAAAAGUUUUAGAAUUGAGAUCGUUCUCUGUUUAAGUUGAAAUAGAUAUGACAAAAAAAUAAAUGGCUUUAUAAGUUUGAGAAAUUUCAUCAUAUUGCAUGAAAUAUUUUAUUCUUUUCUUUAGGUGCAAACCAGUAUUGUUAGUCAAAUUAGCAGGUCCUGAAUUAUCUUUGAACAAUAGCAAACUAAGAUAAUUGACAAUUGACUGAGUUCGCUUUGGUUGCAGAUUAUGAAUUAACAUCCCAGUUGAGCUUACAUUUGCAAACAUAAUCGUUAGGAAGUAAAUUUAUUAAAACGAUAAGAAAUUUCCAGUUUUGUUUAUUUCAGCGCCCAUCGACUGAAGGCACACUUUCUCGCGGAGUAAGCAUUUCAGGUUUAAAAGACAAGUUUCAGCUGAAAAAUCUUAGAGUUCUGCGGGCUCACUUUGAGAUGUGAAUUAAAAUCGUCUCUAUUUAAUUCACUGUAUAUAAUUUAGCGUUUAGGUGUCAAGUUUCAGUUAGUGCGACCCGCUGCGUUGUAUUUAAAAGUUGUUAUAGUUACUACAGUAAAUAUCGAGUCAUUCUUGUUUGGCAAUCACGAAGCAGUGUUUCGCUUGGGGUUUUAUUUCUGGUCAGCUACCCACCACAGGAUAGAAAGGAAAUUGAAACUGUACUGGUAAGAUCAAGGUAGUGUAUUAAAGCGUGAAUAAUAUUGCUUAAAAUGCAAGCUUCGAUAGCUUCAUGGAGGGCGCUCAAUUUUGAAUUCGUGCAUUUUGUAAAUCAUUGGAGUUGCUUCGCAAUUCAGCGUGUCUUCUGUUUCCUCGAAAUUGGCGCGGUCUGCUUAGUUAUUGAGAGCAAUUUUAACCUUUUGGGCCGUCGCUCUGAGACCGAUUGGACUACUUAACCAUGGUACAUUAGAUAGAUUCCCGCUGAACCGAAUCAAACGUGAACCGUUUACCUUAAAGGUAACCGAAUGAAGUUAAAAAUCAUCCAUUUUCGAGGAAAUUUAGCAGAAACUCUCAGAAAAAGUAAAAUGAUUGAGACAGAUGUACUAUGGUGUACCGAGCGACAAUAUGGCGUAUCUGUAAAACUACAAAAAACAUUUGCACUACAGUUUAUAUUUGUGAAUAUGUUCGUUUACCACAAAGGUUUAUACGUGGCUACUGUCUGGUCUCAGAUAGCCCAACGAAUCAGUGAGUCGCUUAACAAUUUCUAUUGCUUUCUCUAUUUUGAUUUAUUAAGUAUAGAAGCCAAACAGGAAGCAAAUGGUGGUUAUGUAGAAGAAAGAACAAACGCGACACUCCGUCGAUUGUGUUCGCUACCGAAACGACGAUCACAUUCAGCCGCUACUACAACAGUUUCCAAAAAAUACUUUACAGAUUUAGGACGUAAAUUUUUUUUAUGCUGUUAAUUUUCUGAACUAACUUUUCCCUUUCUCUUUUAAUUAUUAUUUUUUGUUGUUACCCGCCAUUUUAACCUCAAAUGGAGAUCUAGAGUGCGAAGGAACUAUUAUGCUAAUUUUUCGCGGUAGCCAAAAGUGUACAGUUACAGAAUUAUGACAAUUUAUUUAAACUAAGAAUAAUUUAAGCUUAAUAAUGUUGGCUUUGAUUUUUACCCUUAAUUCUCUCAAGCCGAGUGAAAACACAGAUCUGAUGGAUAAAAAUAUGCCACUUGGGGUACCAACAUCGUAAUUGACCCGACGUGUCCGCAAAUUAUCGCCAAAACAACAAACUCCAUAAUGAGUGCAGCAUUGGUGAUUUACUUAAGACAGCUUUUCUGCAUAUAGGAACAGGUGACAAUCGAACGUCGAGGAGGGGUUGAUUCUACCAAAAUAAUUCAGGCUUGUUACGUGAAGUGUAGGGAGACAUGCUCAGUCGUAUUCCAUCUCAUAUGCAUCAGUGGUGACUACUGGCUGAGAUGCGCUCUAGACUAGCCUUUCUUUCUUGUGCAAAUUGGUAGAUCUCGACUUAUCUAGAUAUAUUUCUUUAAUGAUUAUUUUACAAUUUAUUAGAAGUCAAUUUUUAAGAUGUCAAACCCAGAAGACAAAGAGGCUGUAUCCAGACCUAAUGCGGCCAUUAUGGACAGUGCUGGAGGUGGGAAUGCAGGUGGAGCUGGUGUGUCCAUUACAAUAACUUUUAACAAAGCUUACGUCGUGUCAAUUCCUGGAGUAUUGAAGAUCGUGGAAUUUGUACGUACUAUUUGUGGAUAAGAUGUUCUGAUACUUUUGGUACUUUUUUUUUUAUUUGACGCAUGGUGCUUCGCUCCUUGCGUUACAGUUCCACUUAAGUGCAUUUCCAUUGACUGUCUUAAAACCAAAAGAAAGUAUUCACAAAAACUAAUCUAUAAAUAGAGAGAGAACUCAACGUCAAGAAAGGAAAUUUGAACUGCCUGAAGCGAGGGGAAAACGCGAGCAACUCAAGUCUCGAUUGAUCUUCCUAUUAGUAUACAUCUAAUUGGUUGAGAAAUGACUGGAAUUUUCUAAACCAAUCACAGACCGAUGAAAAGCAAAAAUCACAGCAAUCCUUUACCCUUUUCACAUUCGAUGGGAAAUUCAUCUCAGUAGUCUAAGGCAAACGGUGUGAUUUGCGCACAUUUAAAUUAUGGUGUAAAAUCUGUAUUCCUCUAGCUUGCGCGAGGCUCUCGGUCGGUGGAAGAGAGCAGGUGCAUGAAAACCUUUUCUUGAUAAUCGCCGUUUUUUCUCAUUCGCUGUCUCAUUUUGUAAAUGCCUGGAACAGGCACAGGAUCAACCCCCCUCUCCCCCCUUCUAUCAUCUCGAAUCAAGAAAAAAUAAUUUUCCUAUUCUUUCCCCUUGCUCGAAUGUAAUGUCAGACGACUGUAAAACAGCCGACAGAAAAAAUAAAGGCAGCUGAAUUUCAAUUGUUUGAGGUUUCGACAAAAAUUUGUCAGCUGAUUAUAGUCAAAUCAAUCGCAGCAGGGCAAUUAUGAUCGACUGCCCAUGGUUUUUCUCUAUCACGUCUUGCGAUUGGCCGUGGAAACACACUGUAAUUUUAAUUUCUUCCAGCACAAUCAAAAAGAUAAAGAAAAACAACUUUGUGACUCAGUCACUUGUAUUUUAUGGGUUCAACACUGUUUACACGUUUUUACUCAAAAUUCUCUUUUUUUAAAGUAAUUUUGCAUUGAUCUCAUUUGUCCUCUAGGUUAUUGUAGUUUUGAGUUACCGAAUAUAUUUGAAAAGCGAUAUGUAUUAAUAAAGAGUAAUGUAACUUUUCUUAUCAUCUUCUCCACAGAUCCUGUUAUUGUUAGCGUUUUCUAUCGCCGCUGACAUAAGCUUCGCAUACUGGGGACGCAUGAGUUUUUUCCUUUUUGUUACCAUUACUUCAUGGCUUCUUGUAAUCGCCUGGUUUGUGCUGUUCACCUUCAAUUUGCAGACAAAGAUCAACCUCAGCAUUAACUGGAAUAUUACGGUAAAAGAUUGUUUUUUUUUCAUUAAGCUCCAGUCGAUAAAAGGUGUUGAAAAUCAAUUUACGAAAAAAGAGGCUAGAGUCUAAACUCCGUUAAAAAUAUGUCUUAAACCUGUUAAAUGAACCACAGCUAUUGGCUAAAAAAAAACUCCGAAUCUUCUUCAAAUUUCAAACAAAGGGGUAACAACUUGACGCGGAUGAAAGCUCUAAAACAACUGACUAAACUCCAUAAAAAAAGUAACGCAACUUCAACAGUUUGCAAAGUUGUCAAGGCAACACUGCAGCCCCCUAAAAAAUCCAAUUUUUUCUCUUUAGUCUAAAGCUCAAAAGCAACUACUAAAUCAUUGAAUUGCAAUUAGUAGACACAACCCUCUGCAAAUUUGAAAAAAAAAAAAACUUUGCAAACCGUUCGGUGCCUCCUUAAUUCAUUGAUAAAGUGGCUCUGAACCGAGUCAAUCCUCUGAUUAAGGAUUCAUUGAAGUGUGCUUAGUCUAAUUGGCUGAUGUCAAUAGCCGAUUACAGCCAACUGGACAAUUACGCUGUCUUGUGACAAAUCUACUUAAUUAAGGAAAAAUUAAUCAGUUUAUCUACGUAAAUUAGGCUAAAGGUUUAAGUUAGUUCAUCAUCUAUAUGAAGUCCUCUGCUCUCCUUUCCAGCUCCUGAUAUUUGCUGCUGUUGUCGCUUUUCUUUUGCUGAUCAGUUCGGCGUUGUUGGCUGAUGAUGUCAGGAAGUUUGAGCCAGGGUCCUAUGGUGACUUUUCUGCAAAUUCCAUCCCGGACCUGGACCAGGACCAGGACCAGGGCCUGGACUGGAACCGGAACCUGGACUCAUUACGCGCUGCUGUGGUAUGUCUUACGUAAAGUUCAACUGUCUGCGAGCACACGCCCUCUUUGUACAGCGUUUCGGCACAAGAGUUUUUUUCCCUGGGGAUAUGUAUGAGACCUUGAGCAAUGAUAGCAAUCGAGGGAUCUGCAAGGUGUCUGGCACACAAUAUCUCUCCCCGACUCGUCUCAAAUCUUUCUGCGAGCGUGGAAACGCGCGUCCUGCAGCGUUAAUAAUGAAGGCCGGCUAGCUGGUCAGUCAUGACACCUGCUGGUGUUUUAAGGGCCUUUUAACCCUUUAAACCCUAAGAGUGACAAGCAUCAAAUUUCUCCUUACAAUAUCACUUCUGAAUCACACGUUAAGGUCGUGUAUAUAGAGAAUAAAGGAAAUGAUCACCAAUAAAAGAGUAUUUUGAUUUUUUAAACGAAUUCUCCCUGUAGGAAAUGUGUAAAGAGUAGUGUGGAGAAUAUGGAUACUGAUUUUAGGGUUUAAAGGAGUUAAGUAUUCAGAGACGAUCUGUGUCUUUAACACAGAAAAAGAUGACUAGGAUUCAUUAUUCCGCUGAAUUUGACUCCGAUUUCACACUUUUUCCGUUAAAGGCGUUUGGAUUUAUUGCCAUGUUUGUGUUCAUUGGAGAUGCUGUUGUGAACAUCCUAAAAAUUACUGGAAAGACGCAAGUGCAAAUCGCUUUAUAGACUUGGACCACCUUAAAGACGUUUGAUUUUCUCUUAUUUCCUCUAUUUAAUUCGUUAUCGAUACUGUCACAUCAGUGAACGCUGCCUAUCCAGAUGUAAAAGAAGUAACAAGAAUGAUUUUGGGGAGGUUUUCAAGGUACAGAGAUAGCCGUUUCUGGAUGUGUCUCAGAUCUUCAUUAUUCCUACUUAUGGUCCUUUAUUAUGGUACAGCUUUUAAGGUAAAACCUAUUAAAUAUCAGCCCGCAACAAAGGUAGUGCCUUUUUUCGUAGCUGUUGUUUUGUCUCGUCACGGAACAGGAGACCAAAUAACAGCUCUUCAGGGAACACGAACAAACGUUCUGUGCGAAUGAACCAAAAUGUUGUUAUAUAUUAUGUCAUAAGUCCGGCUUCAGCCCUACGAGUGUUUAGCAUCUAAUUUCUAACAUUAUAAGAAUUGUAUGGUUGGCAGUCAAGAGAAUGACAAGUUUGACCUGGGAGUUAAAGGGUUAAAUCAAACAUUAAAAGGGAAUGAUCACCAACAAAAGAAGUUCUUGAACAUGCAACUUUCUCCAGUAAGCUCAAAAGGAAUAAAGAAUAGUAUGGACAACAUGCAUACUGUUGUUAGCUAUGGUAAUAAGUGUCAAAAGAGAAAAGAAAGGAGGGAAACUUCAAGCGCUUAAUCACAAUUAGAGGGCAAGACAAAUAGAUAAAUAAAGGAAUGACUAAAAAAAAUAACACGCUACAGAAGGCAUGAGAAUCAUGCUGAAAGACUGGUUUUAGGAGAGGAAGAAAAAAGAAAUCGGUUAAAUAAAUAUGUCAAUAAUUUAGUCGUUCAUGUACUUAGCGAGAGGUUCCUACUCCUUUGUUUUGCCUGCUUGUGAUUUUUCUUAUCUCUUUUGAGUUUAUCCACCUUAGUAAACGAUGUCAAAUAUUAUAUGAAAAUUAAAUACUUUGGUAGUUCCUUAAUCAGACCACUACGAAAAAGGAACUAAGAUUGGGAGCUUAACACGUAAUAAAACACG